AUGUCUGAUCACGACAUUCAUCAAAAUACAUACAACAAAUUGAGAAGUGUCUAUAAAUACUACAUCGAUUCAUAUAACACAUUGUAUCAGCUAAAAACUGAAAAAGAAGAAGAAUUAAACAAGAUUUACAAAAUGAUCAAAACAGAAUUGAUUGAUUCAAAGAAACAUCCCGUUGGAAAUGUUAUAAAAGACAUUUUCAAUAUCAUUCCAUUUAGAAAUCGCUAUACAAAGUCAUAUUUAUCUCUUGCCAAACGCAUAUUUGAUGAAUAUAAUGUCAAAGAAGUCAACAAUGUUGGUGUUGUUUCAAACUUUCUGUUUUAUAAAGAAUAUGGAAUUAAUUUAGACAAGUACUAUAAUAUCAUAAAAUUUGAAUUAAAAUAUCUCGAUAUUCAUGCUGAAAAUACGAUCUACAGAGCAAUCAUGUAUAAUGACUUAAAAAUAUUCAUUUUCUUCAUUGAAACUGAAGGAUUUGAUAAAAAUUAA